CAGCCGAGCCCCGGCCGGGCAGUAGUUGCGGCAGCGAGCGGCGGUGAGUGGUGCCCUGUGCCAUCCCCUGCCGGACCGCGGCAGCUGCGUUCAGUGUGGGCAGCCAGACUUGCCGAGACAUAAACGAGGGAGAGAGGGAGAGCGGCCGCCCUCUGCUCCGCCGCGCUGCUGCCGGGCGCCGCUUUCCGCGGAGGACUGCGAGGGCGAUCCGCGAGACGGAGGCUGUCCCGAACCUGCCCGACAUGGCUCUCGCAAGGCAAGUGCUUUGUCUCUCUGCUUUCCUGUUCCUGCCGCACGCUCGCUCCCAGCCCCUGCGGUACUCCGUAGCCGAGGAGGGGGAGAGCGGCUCGGUGGUAGGCAACGUGGCGGAGGACGCGGGGCUGGCCCCGGCGCAGCUCUCGGCUCGCCGCGCCCGCCUGGCCUCGGAGGACGGCCGGCAGCACUUUCGCUUAGAGCGCGGCACCGGCCGCCUGCUCGUGGCGGACAGGCUGGACCGGGAGGAGCUGUGCGGGCAGGCCGCUACCUGCACGCUGCCCUUCGAGCUGGUGCUGGCCAACCCCCUGCAGUUCUUGCGGGUCGAGGUGACCGUGGAAGACAUUAAUGACCAUGCACCCGUUUUCCCGGAGGAACAAGUCACUUUUAAGAUCCCUGAAAGGAGCGACCCGGGGUCGCGUUUCCCACUGGUGGGUGCUUGGGACCUGGAUGUUAGCAGCAACAGCAUCCAGGCUUACAGCAUCUCUCCCGAGAAUGGGUACUUUAGUGUGUCAUUCGGGGGUCAGAGUGAGGAUGAGAGGUUUGUGGAACUGGUCUUGGAAAAGCCGCUGGACAGAGAGGAGAAGGUGGAGAUGCAUUUCACUGUCAUUGCGAUGGAUGGGGGCUCUCCACCCAGGAGUGGGACAACCCAAAUUUGCAUUAUUGUUCUGGACGUAAAUGACAAUGCUCCAGUCUUCACAAAGAAAGUGUAUGUUGGGAAGGUUUUGGAAAACAUGCCAGAGGGCUCUGUGGUUCUCAGCGUGGUGGCAACCGAUCUCGAUGCCGGACCUAAUGGAGAUAUCUCCUAUCAGUUCAGCCAAGUUGUGGGCCAGAGUGACUUCGCAUUUGUGAUUGAUCCCGCGAGUGGUGAAAUUAAACUUACAGAGCCUCUGGACUUUGAGGUAGCUGAGAAAUAUGAACUCACUGUGCAGGCCACAGAUGGGGGUGGCCUGUCAGCAAUCUGCAAGGUGUUGGUGGAGGUGGUGGAUGUGAAUGACAAUGCACCUGAGCUGGUGGUCAGUUCCUUCAGCAGCCCCCUCCCUGAAAACGCAUUACCUGGGACAGUGGUUGCCGUCUUUGCUGUCAGAGACAGAGAUUCUGGAGCCAACGGGAAGGUCUCCUGUGCCCUUGAGGAUCAGCUGUCAUUCUCCCUGCGUCCGGCCUAUAAGAAUUACUAUGAGCUGGUGACUGUGAGCACGUUGGACCGGGAAGAGACUGCACGGUACAUCCUCAGUGUCACAGCAGCAGAUGCGGGGUCACCUCCUCUCACAACCACCCAGACCUUCACAGUGAACAUCUCUGAUGUGAAUGACAAUGCUCCUGUCUUCAACCAGACAUCAUACACCAUGUAUGUGCAUGAGAAUAAUGUCCCCACAGUGCUUGUUGGAGCUGUCAGUGCUGUAGAUGCUGAUGUGGGGCCCAAUGCCAAGGUGAUCUAUUCUCUGGUACCAGCCCACCCCACAGAGCAGCGUCCCUGUUCCUGCAUCUCUGUGAACUCUGAGAAUGGGGAUGUGUUUGUGUUGCGGCCUCUGGACUAUGAGCAGAUGAAGCAAUUCGAGGUCUUGGUGAGUGCCUCUGAUGCUGGGUCUCCUGCCCUCAGUGCCAAUGUCACUGUCCGCCUUGUUGUGGUGGAUGAGAAUGACAAUUCACCACUGGUGCUGUACCCUUCACAGGACAGCAGCCCACCAUCCAGUGAGCUGGUGCCCAUGUCAGCUGAUGCAGGGUACCUUGUCACCAAAGUGGUGGCCGUCGAUGCUGACUCAGGGCAGAACUCGUGGCUCUCGUACCACCUGCUAAGGGCCACUGACCCCGGGCUGUUUGUGGUGGGUGCCCAAAGUGGGGAGGUGCGGCUGAGGAGGCCCGUGACAGAGAGAGAUCCCAUGAAGCAGAAGCUUGUUGUUCUGGUGCGAGACAACGGGCAGCCACCGCUGUCAGCCACAGCCUCUCUGAGUGCGCUUCUGCUCAGUGACUUCUCAGACGUGCACAUAACACACAGCAGCCUGGCCAUCGAGGAUGAGGGUGACUCCCUAACAAUGUAUUUAAUAAUUUCAUUGGUCUUUGUCUCACUCCUCUUUCUCACAUCCAUGGCAGCCUUUGUUGUUUGCAAGGUUUGCAAGAGAAAUGAGCUGAAGGGUGGGCAUGUACUCUAUGGUGCUGGCACCUUGCAGGGAGGCAUGGCUGAUGCAGCCGCUGCAGGGACCCUGCCCCACCCCUAUUGCUAUGAGAUCAGCCUCACAACAGGCUCAGGCAACAGCGAGUUCAAGUUCCUGAAGCCCAUCCUCCCCAGCCUGCCACCACAGCACUUCCCCAUGGGCACAGACAAUGAACAGGAUUUCCCCCGUGGCCCUAUCACCACGGAGGAUGUGGCACCAGGCAACCCAGCGAUGCUCUGUGCAGAGCAGUUCAAUAGCCUCUCCUUUAGGUAGUGUGGAGUCAGCACAGCCAGUGGUUUGAGGCGUCAUGAUAGGAAAGGUUGUGGGCUUCAACAUGUCACAAUGGUGUCUCCAGAGUAAAUCUGCAUUUGCAAUCUUCAACAUUGAUUUCCCUCAGAAUUUUACUCAGGUGAGAGCUUGUGUCCCCCUCAAAAUAGGAAACAGGAUCAUCUAAAGGCUCCCUCAGACAGUUAAUACUAUGUUCCAGCUCUCUUGGAGCCAUUUCUUUAAUGCUGCAAGUGUAAAGUUAGUUUCAGGCCCCCAGCUGAGUCCUUGUUUUUCUGUUAGGCAAGACCGUGGGCCUCUUCUUUUGUGUUGUAAGACAGUGGCACAGUCAUGCAGACUAAUUACCUGCUCCUUGAAAUGCACGUGGCCCUUCUGGGUUUGGAGAGCAAGGAUGUUGUGAGUACUGUGUUACAAUUGCAAGCACGGGGCUCUUUCUGCUCUGGGUUCUCCAUGUCUCUGUGUCUGACAUGUGUGGGCUCUGUGUAUUUUGCCUUUUGGUCACUAUGUCCAUCCAUAGAGCCGUUUUGUGUCUGCAUAUGCUGCCCUAGUACUGUAUGCUGAAGCAGGGAGUUGCUCGCAUUCAUCCACUCUGAUGCACAGAGUUUCAGCUCAUCAGGCAAGAAAGGUAUUUUGAUGCAUGUAAAACAACACCCUCAGCUUCUCCAGGGGAGAGUGGCAACAUGCAGAAUGAGACUUUGUUUUGGCACAUGAAAGGGGGAUGGGCAGGAGAGCUUUGUCCUUGGAAUUGCCUUUACACUACAGCAGCACAAAUAAUGUUGCUAGAGACUGUAACUAUACGGAGUGGCGAAGAACCAUUCUUUGUCUGAAUACAUUGUAAGGAAUCUCCAUGAGUCUCCUCAAAGGAGUUUGUCCGAAGGUAGAAUCAGAUGAACUUGGAAAGGGUCACUGAGUUUGGUCCUGUCAUUGUUGUUCCUGAUUUCAGAGGUUUCUUGAAGGGACUGGAAAGGUGUCUCGAGAUGAUUUGCAGGGUUUGUGUAGAGCUUUUUGCAUUCUUGUUUUUGCCCUUUCUCUUUCUUUGUGAACUGUCUUUAACCUAUUCCUCUUAAGAAGGACUCUCAUCCCACAUACAGUAACGGAUUGUGUGAAUGAAGGCAGUGUGACAUGGAAUUUUCAGAAAACCUCAAGCUGUCUCGUGUUGCAAUUGUGAACUGUACCAUUGUGAACUGCAAUACAGUUAUGUCUAAAACUUAAAUAAAAAGAACUAUGUUGGUAUAGACUAUAACUGUACAGAGUUGUGAAAACACAUUCAUUGUCUUUGAGCGCAUUGUAAGGAAACUCCAGAAUUCACCUCAAAGAAGUUUGUCAGAGGUAGGAUUGAUAUGAACUUGGAAAGGGGCUGUUGAGUUUGGUCUUGACACUGUUGUUCCCAAAUUCAGAGGCUUUGUGACGGGAAUGCAAAGCUGUCCUGAGAUGAAAUUCUGGGUUUGUGUAGAGCUUUUGCAUUCUAAUUUUUGCCCUUUCUGCUUUGUGAACUGUGUUUGAGUAUUAUCUUACCUAUUCCUCAUAAGAAAGACUGUCACCACAUGUGUAGUAAGAGACUUUGGAAGAAUGCAGUGUGGCAUGGAAUGCUUAGGAACACUCUGACUGUGUUGUGUUGCACUUAUAAACUGUACCAUUGUUAAUCACGAUACCAUUGUGCGUAAAAGUGAAAUAAAGAGAAUACCUCAA